UUCCUUUUAUAAAUUAUCAGAUUUUAUGUGUGCUAGUCACGUAAUUUAGAACUCUAUCCGUCCAUAGCUGGUCUGAGCAGACGCAGCAACUGCCUUCCCACCUGUUUGUUUACCUUAGCAACCAUGGCAGAGACGGUUCAAGAUGUUUCUGAAGCAGAUAAGCGACAUCUCGUUGAACUCGUCAAAGAACUCAGACGCUCCAAUGCGGUGCUACGGGCAGAAACUGAUAUGUAUGAGCGGUAUAUAAGCCGCUUGGACCCCAGGGACUUGGUUCCUCAGCCUUUAUCAGAUUCUCUGGGGGCAGCUGCAGCAUCACAGUUGGAGAUUGGAGGGGGCCGUGGGAGAAAGAUGAAAACACGGACAACGGCUCUGGAGCAGUUACAACGUCUGACAUUGGAGCAAAAGUGUGACGUGGCACAGAGAGAGUUAGAUGAAACCAAAGAGGACCUGGAGAAACUGAAGGAGAGCUCAGAAAGAGUACUCCACAACUAUAAGGCAACUCUGGAGGAAGCAGAUAUUCGACUUGUGGAGGUCAAGAAAGCAAGUUAUGAGUUUGACCGUGAUGUCGCUAAGGUGUUGAGGGAGAAGAGAGGUGUCAUGAUGGGUGCAGAGAAGGUCAUUCGUUAUUUUGAGGACAGGAUGAGAGCAAAGGACACACUGGUUGAGAAGUUGCGGUUGAAGAAUGCAGCUCUCCAUGUGCAGAAGAGGAAGUUGCAGUUACAGCUACGGCAGAAAGAGGAAAUGGGUGAAGCCCUGCACGAGGUGGAUUUCCAGCAGCUCAAGAUCGAGAACAGCCAGUAUCUCGAACGCAUUGAUGAAAGAAACCAGGACCUCCUGCGCCUAAAACUCCUGGCAGGAAACACCCUACAGGUUCUCAACUCCUACAAGAAGAAGCUGCAGAGCAUGACAUGUGAGUCAAAGCUGCUUAGUAGUGACAUCACCUCCCGUAAGGAGAUGCUGGUGAAGAUCGAGGAGGAGACACUGCAGGCAGAAGAGGAGCGAGCCAAGGCAGAGACUCUUAACAGGAAGCUGCGAGGCCAGCUGGCAGAUUUCCGUGUUCCCCACGUGCUGCAAUACAUCACAGCUAAGGCCUCCCAUAGUCAGCUCGAGCAGAGUGUCCGAGCCUGGGAGCGAAAAGUUGAAAUAUCUGAGAUGGCUCUGAAGACACACACCAAGACCUGGAACAAGCUGAAGGAAGCUGCAGGAGCAGGACCAGUCACAGCCCGGUGAAUCCGCACAUGCUUCCUAAUAAAUAUAUUCUCUGCAAAUAUUCAAUCAUCCAAAGCAGUCAAAAAUCCAUCAGUCUCUUUUGUAAACUAGCGGAGAUAUGCCCUUAUAAAGUAACUCAUGUGUUUUGGCUGUUUUUAACUUUCUGUAUAUGGAACAUUUGUAGAAUGGUUGAACAAUCAUGUUUUAAGUCACAAUUGAAAUUAUCGCUUGUAGUAGGGUGGUUAAGCUGAUAAAUCGUUCAUUUUUUGAUAAAAACACAAAAUAUGUACCCUGAAAAGAUUUCAAUAUGGAACCACCCCAGAUUUGACCUCUGUGGGGUGUGGCAGCCAUAUUUUUAAAUGGCCCCCAACUAACAACAUUUUACAAUUCAGAAGGACUGCUUUGUAGUAAAGGCACCAAAUUUGUCAUAGACCCUAGAUUUAUGGUCCCUGAAAAGAUCUAGAUAUGGAGCCACCACAGAUUUGGCCCCUGGGGCUGUGGAGGCCAUCUUACAAAAUGGUUGCCAAUGGUAACACUAUGGUAGCCUUAGAUACCCUUAAAAUAUUUAGAUGUGGCGCCACUGCAGAUUUGGCCCUGGCAGCCAUCUUACUAAAUGUCCCCAGACUGUACCACUAUUUUGGUGGUGAUUGUUGUUCCGAGAGACCUCCAAAACCAUCAUUAGGGGGUCACAGCAAAGUUGUGAAACCUAUGGUUAUUCUUUGAUUUUAAAACAUUCCUUCACUUGGUCAAAUAACUUAUACAUAGAUUGGCAACUUUUUUUCUAAUUUGACACACAGAAACUAGAGGCAAUAAGUAACUUGGUCAAAAUGAAUGGCACCGAUUGGCCUAAACUUUGGAUGUGGGCAUCUUUCCUCAUGCUGAACAAAUUUGGCUCAAGAACCCAUCAGGAUAGAUUUUCCUCCAUCUUAGAAAUCUUCUUCUCAUGAACUAUGUCCAAAUAACACCAAAUUCGUAGGCCCAUGGUACAUCUCUUUACUUUAUUUGAGAAAAGCUAUGGUAUUGGUUAAUAAGAUAUGGUGGAGUUAUUGAUAAAUCCAGAAAUCAGAUUGUAUGUGUUCUUUUCAAUCCUUUGUACAUCCACUUCACAAUGGCCUAUUAACUUGAACCUUUAUUUUAGGGUCAUCAGAGAUAUUACCAUGAUGAACCAUGUUACUUUUGGCAUUGAUAUCUUAAAAAAUAAGGAAACUAUCCUGAACAAAAAUAUAAAAACACAACAUGUAACAUUUUACUGAGUUACAGUUCACAUAAGAAAAUCAAUCAAUUGAAAUAAAUUCAUUAGGCCCUAAUCUAUGGACUUCACAUGACCGGGCAGGGGCAUGGGUGGGCCUUGGAGAGCCAGGCCCUGACAAUCAGAAUGAGUUUUUCCACACAAAGGGCUUUAUUACAGAUAGAAAUGCUCCUCAGUUUCAUCAGCUGUCCAGGUGGCUGGCCUUAAGACAAUCCCACAGGUGAAGAAGCCGGAUGUGGAGGUCCUUGGCUGGCGUGGUUUCAAUUGGUCUGCGGUUGUGAGGCCGGUUGGACUUACUUUCAACUUCUCUAAAACGAUGUUGGAGGUAGUUUAUGGUAGAGAAUUUAACAUCCAAUUCUCUGGCAACAGCUCUGGUGGACAUUCCUGCAGUCAGCAUGUAAAUUGCAUGCUCCCUCAAAACCUGAGACAUCUGUGGCAUUUUAUCUGUCAUUUUACCAGGUAAAUUGACUGAGAACACAUUCUCAUUUGCAGCAACGACCUGGGGAAUAGUUACAGGGGAGAGGAGGGGGAUUAUUAGGUGACCGUGAUGGUUUGAUGGCCAGAUUGGGAAUUUAGCCAGGACACCAGGGUUAACACCCCUACUCUUACGAUAAGUGCCAUGGGAUCUUUAAUGACCGCAGUCAGGACACCCGUGUAAUGUCCCAUCCAAAAGACGGCACCCUACACAGGGCAGUGUCCCCAAUCACUGCCCUCGGGCAUUGGGAUAUUUUUUAGAAAAGAGGAAACAGUGCCUCCUACACCACUUCCAGCAGUAUCUGGUCUCCCAUCCAGGGACUGAACAGGACCAACCCUGCUUAGCUUCAGAAGCAAGCCAGCAGUGGUAUGCUGCUGGCAUUGUGCUGUGUGACAAAACUACUCAUUUUAGAGUGGCCUUUUAAUGUCCCAUGCACAAGGUGCACCUGUGUAAUGAUCAUGCUAUUUAAUCAGCUUCUUGAUAUGCCACACCUGUCAGGUGGAUGGAUUAUCAUGGCAAAGGCAAAAUGCUCAUUAACAGGGAUGUAAACAAAUUUGUGCACAAAAAUUCAGGGAUCUUUUAUUUAAUCUCAUGAAACAUGGGACCAACACUUUACAUGUUGUGUUUAUAUUUUUGUUCAGUAUAUUAGCAAUUCAGUUUUUUUUUAUACAAUGUAACACUAUUGCUUAAAAUAAUAUUGUCAUCAAGAGCGUCUGCUAAAUGACUUAAAUGUAAAUGUAAAUAAGUCUGAUUCACUCCAAAUUUGGUCUCAUCACAAUGGUCCCUGAAGAGUUUGAAAAAAAUAGUGUUGAUGCAUUCAAAGACGGCCAAACUAUACAAGUAGAUGAAUAUUAGCACAUUUUAUUUAGACUCAUGAAUGCACAUAAAGGAAGAUAGUUCCUACAUGAUAGUGCUUGCUUUGUUAUCCAACUGGUCUUGUGUCCUUUGCUAUCCUGGGAACCCCAUUCAUUUCUGCUUGCAGCUAUAUUUUAAGAUAAUUACAGUGCAUUCGGAAAGUAUUCAGACCCCUUGACUUUUUCCACAUUUGUUUCGUUACAGCCUUAUUCUAAAAUGUAUUAAAUUAUUUCUUCCCCCUCAAUCUACACACAAUACCCCAUAAUGACGAAGUGAAAACAGGUUUGUAGAAUUGAUUGCCAAUUUAUAUUUAAAAAAUUAAAAACAACAUACCUUAUAUUUACAUAAGUAUUCAGACCCUUUCCUAUGAGACUUGAAAUUGAGCUCAGUCGCAUCCUGUUUCCAUUGAUCAUCCUUAAGAUGUGUUUACGACUUGAUUGGACUCCUUUAAUAAAUUCAAUUGAAUGAACAUCACUUGAAAUAGUCAUUGUAAAAUAUUGGUACUGCUAAGCAGUAAUUUUCAAAGAUGGCUGCCACAGCCCCCAGGGGCCAAAUCUAUGGUGGCUCCGCAUCAAAAUAUGUUCAGGCUAUGUAAAUCUACUUCUCUACCAAAUGCAUUUCUCAAAAUAGUCCUUCUGAACUGUAAAAUAGUUAGUCGGCAGCCAUGUUGUGAGAUGGCCCAAAUCUGGGGUGACUCAAUAUCUAAAUAUUUUCAGCUCUAACUUGGUUCCUUUACCGCAAAGCAGUCCUCUAUAUAAAUUGUAUAUUAAGUAUAGCCACUUUUAAAAACAGCUUGUGCUUGAGUAACAUUUUGCAGCGUAACCACUCUACUGUUGACAGACUCUAUAAACAAAUAGCAUCUGACCAAAUUAUGCAAGAUUUUGGUUCUGGGUUAACAGAGAUUACAAUUAACUACAUGAGUGUUAUAUUUGUAUUACAUUAUCAAUGGUAAGUGCAGUGUAUUUCUUCUGGGCGGCAUAAAGGACAUGUUACAGUCUAUAUUUAAGCAAGCAUUACACACCCUAUUACAAAUUAGAACAUUUGAUUUUAGUGAAUGUACACAUCUUGUCAUAUUGUUUAACUACCUAAUCUACAUACUUAAAAACCCUGAAAGAAUACAUGCCAGUCCCCUCUGCAAUUAAAACAUACAUGACACCCC